AUAUAAGGUCUAUGGGUAGCUGGCUAAAUACCCCCUGGGUGAAGACCAGAAAAAAAGAAGAAGAAGGACUAUGGGUGGUGGUGGUAGUAAAAAAAAAUAGUAAGGUUAUGUUCUAUGGUGAAGUGAAAACCAUAGUUUUUAAAAUAACUAAAAUUAGAAACAACGAAUAUGAAAAUAAGACGUUAUAAAAAAGUCAAUAAACGUUUAGGAUUCUACAUCAAUAACUUUGGUUUCAGACAACCAUAUCAACUUUUAGUAGACGGCACAUUUUGUUACGCUGCUUUAAAUAACAAGAUAAAUAUAGCAAAUAACAUCCCAAGAUAUCUACAAGGUGAUAUAAAACUUCUAACAACGCAAUGUGCUAUUAUAGAAAUGGAAAAUUUGGGCCCUAAAUUGAAUGGAGCUUUGUUAAUUUUAAAGAAAUAUGUCAUUCAUAAGUGUGGACAUGAAGGUAAACCGAUAUUAGGAUCUCAAUGUUUCUUGUCUAUGUUAGGAAGCAAGAAUGAAAAUCAUUAUAUUAUAGCAACACAAGAUCGUGACUUACAAGACAUAGUCAGAAAUAAGCCAGGUGUACCUUUACUCUAUUUACAUUCAAAAACUCCAAUUUUGGAACAACCAUCAGAAUUAUCAAUGAAAGCAGUUAAAGAUAAACUUGCUAAUUUAUGUGAAACUGAAAAAAUCGCCUUGGAAGAAUUGAAAUUAAAGGGUGGUAUAGUUAGUAAUGAAGAGAAACCUAAAAAGAGAAAAAAGAAGGGACCAAAUCCUCUAUCUUGUAAGAAAAAAAGGUAUAAACCAAACUUGCAGACUGUUACAAUUAGUAAGAAAGAAAGUCGACCUGAAGUAGAAAAGAGGAAACGGAAAAGAAUUAAAAUACCGAAGCAUGUGAAAGAAGAAUUACUUAAAAUUAAAACAAACGAGUAAUAUUGUUAAAUUUUUAUUUUGUUUAUAUAUAGGAAUAUUUUUUAAUACACUGUGAAAUACACAGAAGUUUUCUACUAUA